CUAUAAAUUGAGCAUUUCCCUGACCCUUAGUCAAUAAUUGUCUAAAUUUUCUUUUGCUAAACUCACAGGGCUGUGAUAUAGCAAUGGGUAUUUUCACUUACGAAAACGAAGUAGCCACCAGCAUCCCUCCAGUAAAGUUCUUUAAGGCAUUUAUUCUUGAUGCCGACCAACUUUACCCCAAGAUCGUGCCAAGUCACCCGCAAACCGAAGUUCUCGAAGGAGAUGGAGGGCCUGGAACUAUCAAAAAGAUCUCCUUCAGUCACGGCGGGAAUGUGAUAUCCAUAAAGCACAGAAUCGACGUGGUGGAUGAAGCGACGUUAACGUACAAAUACACGGUGCUGGAAGGGGAGAUGUUUUCGGAAAACAUUGAGCAAAUUUCGAAGGAGAUAACGGUGACGGCAGGGCCCGACGGCGGAUCCGUGUUGAAGAGCGUCGCCACUUAUCACACCAAAGGAGAUUACCAAAUCAACGAGGAGAAAGUUAAGGCCGGCGAGGAAAAGGGAUUGGCCCUUCUCAAGGCCGCCGAGAACUACCUCUUGGCCAACCCCACCGAAUACAAUUAACCAAAAAAAAAAAUGCUAUUAUUUCAAUAAUGCUAUAAAAUAAUAUAUAUUAAUAUUUUUAUGUCAUGUGGUGUGGCCUUUUUGGGAGUGUUCUUUCCAAGUUCUAACAAGGCUUGAUCGUCUUUGUGGGGUUUUGUAUGCUUGUGAUUGUAUUUUCAAAGGUAACAAGUUGUAUUGGCUUCGUUGAAGUGAUUGAAUAAUGAACUUUUUUUUUCUUCUCUUCAA